AAACACUGGAAGGUUUUGGGUAAUGCCGGGAGGCCUUGAUUUCCCAGGCACAGCUCAGCGAAACAAGUUCCCACUCACGGUUGGACACAAAAGAUUUCUUUAGCUAAGGCACCAGCAAAGGCGAUGCGGCAACUGAGGCGUAUCACUGACUUCUCUGCCCCAGCUUCAUGCCCCUCGCAGAUCCCACCCGAAACCCGCGGCUUUGCCCUUGGGAAGCACAGUUUGGCGAUGGAAGCCAGGCCCUCUCCGCCGGCCGGUGGCAGGGCAAGGUCCCGGCGGGGACGGACCGUGGGGGUUCCCGGCCGGCCGGCGCUGCCUCGGGGACCAGCGCUGCCAACUUUCUUUCUGCAUCGCCUGGGCUCGCUGGGACGCCGCGUCCCCGCCGGAGGGGAUGGGAGGAGGAGGCUGGGGCUGUUCGAAGGCCGUACCUGGCGGGGCCGGGUCCCCUCGGGGCCGGGGGCCCCGCUGCCCCGGGAGCGCCUUGACCCCGCCGGCACCGCCAAGGUCACCGCCCCGACGUGUCCCCCGUCCCCCGGCCGCCGCUGCCCCGCCGCCGACACCGGAGAGUUUAAAGAGGCUUUUCUUCCCCGGGAGCGGCGCCUGAGGGAAGGGGAAGGGGCAGGAGGGGGCAGGCAGGAGGGACAGGCGGGAGGGGCGGGGAGAGGCUGGCAGGGCAGGAGCCGGGCGGGGUGCUGGCUCCAACUGGAAAGGAACCGGUCCCAGCCCAGCCGGGGAGGCUGCGGGAGAGCCGGCAGCGCUGGGCAGAGCACGCCGGCCCCGGUCCCGUCCCCGUUCCCGGCCCGAGCAGCGCCGCCCGCCAUGGGCACCGCGCCCCCCAGUGGGUCUGUGAAGGCGGGGAAGAUGCCAGAAGGGGAGAAAAUGGGACAAUGUAAGCAAGAAGAGGAGCAGCAACAGAAAGAGGAGCGGGAGGGUCUCAUCGAAUUCUACAGUUCCUACCAGGAGCUAUUCCAGUUCUUCUGCAGCAACACGACCAUCCACGGGGCUAUCCGCCUGGUGUGCUCCAAAAAGAAUAAGAUGAAGACAGCCUUCUGGUCAGUCCUCUUCUUUCUCACCUUCGGCUUAAUGUACUGGCAGUUCGGGAUCCUCUACAGGGAGUACUUCAGCUACCCUGUCAACCUCAACCUCAACCUGAACUCCGACAGGCUGACUUUCCCGGCCGUGACGCUGUGCACCCUCAAUCCGUACAGAUACAGCGCCAUCCGUAAGCAGCUGGAUAAGCUGGACCAAAUCACCCAGCAGACACUGCUAGACCUCUAUGACUACAACAUGUCUCUGCCACAGAGAGACUGGUCCACAUCGUCCUCACAAAAGCGCAGCUCAAGGAGCCUGCUCCAUCACGUCCAGCGCCAUCCUUUGCGGAGGCAGAAGCGGGACAACAUAGUCAACUUGCCAGAGAACAGUCCCUCAGUGGACAAGAAUGACUGGAAAAUUGGCUUUGUUCUGUGCAAUGAAAACAACGACUGUUUCCAUCAGGCGUACUCCUCGGGAGUGGAUGCCGUGCGGGAGUGGUACAGCUUUCACUACAUCAAUAUCCUGGCACAGGUGCCUGAUGCAAAAGCCCUGGACGAGUCUGACUUUGAGAAUUUCAUCUAUGCUUGCCGCUUCAAUGAGGCAACGUGUGACAAGGCGAACUAUACCCACUUCCACCAUCCUUUGUAUGGCAACUGCUACACCUUUAAUGACAACAGCAGCAGCGUGUGGACAUCCUCCAUGCCUGGGAUCAAUAAUGGUCUCUCUCUGGUGGUGCGCACUGAGCAGAAUGAUUUCAUCCCUCUGCUGUCCACGGUGACAGGAGCCAGGGUCAUGGUCCAUGACCAGAACGAGCCAGCCUUCAUGGACGACGGGGGCUUCAAUGUUCGCCCCGGCAUCGAGACCUCCAUCAGCAUGAGAAAGGAGAUGACCAUGCGCCUUGGGGGCAGUUACAGCGACUGCACAGAGGAUGGCAGUGACGUGCCAGUGCAAAACCUGUACUCAUCCCGCUACACCGAGCAGGUCUGCAUUCGCUCCUGCUUUCAGCUCAACAUGGUAGAACGCUGUGGCUGUGCAUACUACUUCUAUCCCUUGCCCCACAGAGCAGAGUACUGUGACUACACGAAGCACAAAGCCUGGGGCUACUGCUAUUACAAGCUCCUGGCUGAAUUCAAAGCUGACGUCCUGGGCUGUUUCCGCAAGUGUCGGAAACCUUGCAAAAUGACAGAAUACCAGCUGUCAGCUGGAUACUCCCGCUGGCCUUCGGCUGUCUCAGAGGACUGGGUUUUCUACAUGCUUUCACAACAGAACAAAUACAAUAUCACAUCCAAGAGGAAUGGAGUUGCCAAAGUGAACAUCUUUUUUAAGGAGUGGAACUACAAGACCAAUGGAGAGUCUCCAGCCUUCACGGUAGUGACUCUGCUGUCCCAGCUUGGGAACCAGUGGAGCCUCUGGUUUGGAUCCUCUGUCCUGUCUGUGAUGGAGCUUGCAGAGCUGGUUCUGGAUUUCAUUGCCAUCACCUUUAUCCUGGGCUUCCGCUGGUUCCGCUCUCGGCAGAAGCUGCCUCUGCCGACACCCGCUCUGAGCAGCCAGGAUAACGCGGCUUUCCAGGAUGAGGCACCAGCUCUCCACGCUCCACAUCGCUUCACUGUUGAGGCUGUAGUGACCACGCUGCCACCCUACAACAGCCUGGAACCACGUGGGCCGAGCAGGGAUGGUGAGGAGGGACACGAGUGAGGCAGCGGCUUCUCCCACCGUUCAGAUGGCUGGCA